CUCUCUCUUCAUAUUCGACCAUUCUCUCCCUCUCUACCGAUUUCUCGAUUCUUGACUCGGCCGAGUUAGGGGAAAAAAUAAAGAAAACUUUAAUAAACGACGACCAAGACGAAAUGGGUAUUUGCAGUUCGACUAGCUCGACUCACGUUGCGACGGCGAAACUUAUUCUACAAGACGGAAAAUUACAGGAGUUUUCGUACCCAGUUAAGGUCUCGUACGUGUUGCAGAAGAACCCGGCUGUUUUCAUCUGUAACUCGGACGAGAUGGGCUUCGACGACGUCGUUUCCGCCGUAAACGACGAGGAAGAACUCCAACCGGGUCAGCUUUAUUUUGCUCUGCCUUUGGGUAGACUAAAGCAACGUUUGCAGCCGGAGGAGAUGGCCGCAUUGGCCGUCAAAGCCAGCUCUGCCCUUAUGAAAAGCGGCGGCGCCGCCGAUAAAUGCGGAUGUCGCCGGAACUCGGUCUCGCCUAUUGUUUUCUCUGGCGACACCGUUAAAUCUUCACGGGGAGGUAACGGCGGUUCCGCCGGAUCCGGCGGUGGAAAUGGUGAUCGGUCUACGAGGGGUAGGAGAAAUGGGGGGAAGAAGUUUACGGCGUUGUUGAGUGCGAUACCGGAGUAAGGGUAAAAAUGGACAAUUCAUUUUGUACGGAAAGUGGUAUUCUUGUAAAUACUGUAAUGAUCUUUGGGUAAAAGUCACUUCCAGAUUUAAUUGUAGAGAUUUAUUUAGCGGCUCUUCUUCAUUAGACUUUUUUUAAAAAAAUUCUUUCUUUUAUUUAGUUUCGCUUGUCACUCAUUUUUGGGUCGUGUUUACAAUUUUACCCUUUUGAUGGGGUUUUGACAUCAUGACGAGCUUUAUAAACCAAAAAUAAAAAAGUUACGAACUUUGAACAAA